UUUCAGUCGGUGCCUCAUAUUUUAAUUUUUUUCCAUUUUAAUGCUAUGCAUCUGUUUCUUCUUCAUAACGAAGCUAUACCUACAACAACAUCACCAAAUAAAUUUAUUCCAAGUAAUUCCUCUUUUAGUACUGGAAGUUCUUCUAGUAGUGUAAUGAGUAUUAACGAACAACAACAAAUUACAACAAAUUUAAAACGUAGCGGUUCUGCAGUUAUUAGAGCUAGAUUUGAACCAGAAGUUGAUGGGGUUAAUAGAUACAAACAUUUUCAUAGGUUUGUUAAAUAA